AUGAAAGACACAAACUCUGUCGAGCAUCUCCAGGGCCUCGUUACUUGUUCUGUCUGCCUGGAGCGCUGUCAGGAUCCAGUGAUCAGACACUGCGGCCACAACUUGUGCCAGGCCUGCAUCAACCGGCCCCAGAGAGAGGUGACAGAGAAAAUCACCUGCUCGUGGUGCAAAGAAGAUUUUCAGGAGGGAAAAUCCGGCUCUGACAACCAACCCUCGAAGGUGGAAGAAAUAGACAAGCAGUUCCUGUUAGAGGAGCCGAGUUUGUGGCCAGAAAGAGUGUGUGCGAACCACAAAGAAGAGCUAAAACUCUACUGCGUAGAGGAUCAAACCUUCAUUUGCCUUGUCUGCAGGGAUGCCCAGAAUCAUAAAUCACACACACUGAUUCCCAGAGAGGAGGCUGAUGCCAGCAUAAACCAGGGCAUCAGGCGUCCCUUGGCCGGCUGGAAGAAGUUUCCAAAAUCAAAGCCAACUUCUACCGUUAGGGGAGACAUAAAUAUGGUGGAGCUGGCGAAGCAGGCUGAGGACGGUGACCCAGUCGGACUCAAAGACGAUCCAUCUUUCUCCAAGAUGCAGACAUUCAUGGCGUGGAUGGUCCUACUCAUUUUCCUGAUUGCGAUCGGAGGAUUGAGCGCCACCAUAUUUGUUUUCACACGAGCUGCCAUCAAACCUGACAUGGCUGCUCUGAGAGCGUCUGCUGCCUCCUGCUGUCCAGAAGGCUGGAUCGCCUCCCAAGGAAAGUGCUACUAUUAUUCUGAAGCGGAAGGGAACUGGAAGUCCGGCCAGAAUUACUGCGCUUCACACGGUGCCUCUCUGGCUGCAAACAGUAGCUUAGAGGCUCUGAAAACCACAAUGCACCAUAAAGGCCCCUCCAAUCACUGGGUUGGACUCCGGAGGGAACCGGGCCAGCCCUGGAGAUGGGUGGAUGGCGCUGCAUUCAACCACCUCUUUGAGGUCAGAGGAGCCGGACUCUGCGCUUACCUGGAUGACGGCGUUGUGAACAGCGCGGGCUGCGACACCGAGAGGAAGUGGGCCUGCAGCAAGCCGGACGGACAGACG